AUGCUCUAUACACUUGUGGUAGUACUGUCGGUACUGGCUUGGAGAAUACAAGCUCAGAAAGAAGCCAGCUCUGAAGUCACUGGUAGUUUUAUAUCAGUGAAUCAUGGUGAACUUGGAUCAAGUGAACAUGAGUCUGAAGGUCUAACAACUGCUUUUCCUUUGGAAUUUGAGAGCACUUCAUCUGAUCGGCUUACAGCUACUCAAGUGAAUGAAGGGAGUACACCAAUUACUGUGGAACCACUACAAAUUACCACCCUUCUAAAUGAUGGAGGUUCUGAAGCUGGACGAGCUUCUUUUACAGAACUUGUUGUUAAUGGUUUGACUAACAUUAAUAAUGAAAGCACUGUUACUGAACGACCAAGUCGGAGUUCAGAAUCAGAAGAUAGUGACGAGGAUGAUUCUGAUGAGAUAAAGUCCCAGGGUUCAAGUAGAAGGGAUUCUGGAAAGGAAGGCAAUCUUCCUGCAGGGAGAAAACAGUUUCGUGUGGUACACUGGCAGCUUUGGACAUGGGGUUUUCUUGCUGACGGGAAUGAAAUAAGGAAUAUCGUGCAAGGUCUUGUCACCUUGGUUGUGGUACUGGGAAGCCAGGUGGCUGUGAAUAAGACACCACAAGUCGCAGCAAAAGAUGAGUUCAAGAAAGAUGAAGGUUUUUCAAGAGCUCUAUUUCCAACCUCAACAGUAUCUGCUGAAGAACUUGGUACUGAUAAUUCAGAUCUUUCCUCUGAAAGUGCCACGUUGAAAUCAACAUCGUUACGUUUAUUUGACACCUUCCCAACAGUGCCACCGUUUGAAGAUGGUGGGAAUUUUACUAUAGAUUCAGAUGAGUUCUUUUUUAACUGCUGUGAUUGCUGCCCCCCUGUACCAGGACAAAAGGGUGAACCAGGGGAACCAGGUGAUGCAGGGCCACAGGGCGAGAAAGGAGAUCAGGGGUUAACAGGCUUACCUGGGUCUCCAGGGCUACCUGGCAUAAAGGGUUCAGAGGGAGAGAAAGGAUCUAAAGGAGACCGUGGCCUGGAUGGAUUUGAUGGUCUUCCUGGAUUUAUAGGAAAACCAGGGGAGAAAGGAGAGCAAGGAGCAAAAGGUGAUAAAGGAAACAUUGGCUUCCCUGGAUUUAAAGGAGACAAAGGAGACAAAGGAGGACCCUGUGAAAACGGCACCAAAGGAGACAAGGGGGAGCAGGGGGAUGUGGGCAAAAUGGGGUUAACGGGACAAAAGGGUGAGAAAGGUGAAAGAGGAGACAUAGGAGAGAAAGGAGAGUGUGGGGACCUUGGUGAGAAGGGGAAUCGUGGAGAGCCUGGUGCAGAAGGUGAGAAGGGUGACAAAGGUGAAAAGGGGGAUCCAGGGAUUGAUGGCAUCAAGGGAAGUGAUGGCGUCGUUGGAGAAAAGGGAGAUCAGGGCCAAAAGGGAGACAAAGGGGACCGAGGGUUACAGGGGCCAAAAGGAUUAGUCGGACCCAAAGGAAGAGAUGGUAGCAGAGGUCUACGUGGGAGAAGGGGUACUCGUGGACCAAGGGGUUUGCCGGGGCAAAAAGGUGAGGAUACAAAAAUCACACCGUCUGCAUUUAGUGUUGGAUUGGUCCCAAAUAAGUCCUUCCCUCCAGUUGGCACUCCAGUAAAAUUUGAGAAAGUUUUCUACAAUGACCAGAAUGCCUACAAUCCAGUAACUGGAAAGUUCCACUGCAGUAUUGGGGGUGUUUACCUGUUUUCAUAUCAUUUGACUGUGAGAAGUAGACCUAUAAGAGUUAGCCUGGUAAAAAAUGGCACUCGUAUCGUGAAGACCAGAGAUGCAAUUUUUGGACAAGACAUAGAUCAGGCAUCCGGCAUGGUUAUUCUUAAACUGAAACCCAACGAUGAAAUCUGGUUGAUGAUAACUCGGGAGUGGAAUGGGGUUUUUGCAAGCAAUGAUGAUGAUAGUACAUUUACUGGAUUUCUUUUGUAUCAAGACUAG